AUGUUGAAGUUCAAAAUAACUUGUCUGUUCCUCGUGGCGAUUGUCUCCAUCUUUGGAGUUUCAGCUGAGGAGUCUGCUGAUGGACCCGAAGAUGCACGUGAACAUAGACACGGCCGUAGACCCGGCCAUAGACCCAGAAGAGAAACUUCGGCGCAAGACUCUGCGGAUGGACCCGAAGAUGCAGAUCCUGAAGGGUCCGAUUCCGAGUCUCGUAUCAUCGGAGGUGAGAAGGCGACUGACGGCGAAUUCCCCCAUCAGGUAUCGCUGAGAAUAAAGGACUAUAGAAACGUCUGGCAACAUUUCUGUGGUGGUUCUAUUAUAUCGGAGAGAUGGGUUUUGACAGCAGCACAUUGUACAAAACCUUAUAGACAGUAUAUGGAUAGAAUGAGAGUAGUGGCGGGCACAAAUAAACUAAAUAGUGGGGGUGACCAAUACGAACUCGAAAAGAUUACUGAACACGAGAAAUACAAUAAGCCACAAAUCACAUAUGAUAUCGCAGUUAUAAAGGUUAAGAAAGAUAUUAAAUUUGGCGAGAAAGUCGGGAAAAUUUCUCUGGCAAGCUCAAACACACCGGGUGGAGUUGAGUUGGUCACUUCAGGAUGGGGUUACACUAACAACGACAGAUAUAACCGAAAACCGCCCAAUGAUUUGCAAAAGCUUACAGUGGAAUCACUUUCCGUGUCAGAAUGUCAGAAGAAAUUAGAAAAGUACAAAGGAACUCCAUUUUCGGAUAGACAGAUCUGCACAUUCAAGAAGGAAGGCCAAGGCAUCUGCCAGGGUGAUUCUGGCGGUCCGCUGGUGCAUAAGGGGGAGGUGGUGGGAAUAACUUCGUGGAAUAUUCCCUGUGGGCGCGGCCUUCCUGAUGUCUUUACAAGAGUUUUCUCUUACCUGGACUGGAUAAAAAAAAACACAAGUGGCUAG